AUGUCUACUGCUUCCAAGAUUACAUUGUGCCUCUCAUUUACGUUUGCAGUGGGGUCCUUUUUGCUGAUUAAUUACAUGCAACAGGCGGAAAAGGCGGCCAUUAGACAAGGUCCAAUCAAAGAUGCUGCUCGUAUGGCCCUGAAAGAAAACAAAAAACAUCUUGCAAAUGAUCGUGAACAUAAAAUGCAAUUAGAACUCCGGGAGAAGUAUGAGAAAUUGCAACCAUUGAAUAAUGAAAUUAUCGUAGGGUUGGAUAAUGAGAAGAAAGAUUAA